AUGACAAAUCAAGAAGGGACAAAAUAUGCACCAAGAAUAUCAGAACUUGCAGUGAACACGAACUUGCGAGUUUUAAUCGAUCGAAUACUGAACAGCCAGAUUCAAAUUUCAGCUCGCGAAAUUCUAGCAGCAUCAAAGGAUUUGUCAGGAAGCCUGAUCGAUCUACUGAAACCUGAGUCGGGAAAAGAUUGGCCAACUGCAGAAACAUUCCUCACAUGGGGACAGAUGGUCAAAACAUGUGGAGAUUUGAUUUAUAUUGAUGCAGAUAUCAAUGGAUGUAAAGUCAAAGCAAUAUUUGACACAGGAAGUGAAAUCAAUAUUCUAAACACUGCAAUAUAUCGUAAAGGAUUGCGGUUACUGGCAGACAUGAACCAUUGA